GCCACCGAGAAGGUGGGGCGGCAAAUUGCCAUUCCGCGGCCGCGCGGGCAGUUCGACAGCCCGGCGACGUUCCUCCAGACGAUCGGACGCGGGUGCGAAAAGUUCACAGACAAGUUCCGCGACUGGGACCAUUUGUUCCGCGCCGACUCGCUGGCCAUGAAGAAGGAUCUGGGCAUCGGACCCAAGCAGCGGAAAUGGAUCCUGAUGUGGACCAACAAGUACCGCAUGGGCAUUGAUCCGUAUCUGAUUGAGCCCAGCAAGAAG